AUGGAUCAGGAUGUUGAUGAAAUGGCGAAAGCCUACGAGUCUUUCAUCGACUCGAUAACCUCAUAUCUCUGGGCCAUGCAGCUUUCAUGCGGCCAAAAGACAGAAUUCACCAACACCGCUCUCGAAAACUUCAAAAAUCAGUAUGAGGCCUUCAAGGCUGUUUGUGACAAGACCGAGGAGUUUAUUGACACUACAAAGAAGAGAAUAAUCGCAAAGUAUAUGGCGAACCCUGAAGAUCUCAUUGAGACUAGAGGGGAAUCAUCUGCCAAUGCUGAAGGGCUUGAGCUGCAGGUUGUGAACAAUUUGGUCGAAGAAGCGAAACGGUUAACGGGUUCUCAUUCUGAGGCGGCUAAAGAACUUGAUCCUGAAAAUGUUGAUCCAGUUUUACCUCCGAAGAUUUCUGAAGACGUUGAGCAAGAUGUGAAGAUAGAUUCGACUCCAAAGGGUUCUGAAGAUAUCGCGCAUGACUCUCCAUCAAAAAGUUCUGAGGAUGUUGAGCAAGUCUCACUUCCAAUGAGUUAUGAAAAUCCCGAGCCAGUUUCACCUACGAAGAAUUCUGACGAGCUCAAGCCAGUUUCAGAACUGACCACUGAUAAAUAG